AGAGGCGGCUGUUCGCGGAGGAGAUAGAAGCUGAUCUGUCUGCAGCUGCCAGCGACUCAACGCAUCCACCGGCGCGGAGGCUGCAGCACCUUCUGCGGCGCGUGGACCUCAACCAGCCCGGGCUCGCCUCCGGAGCCCUCCGUAUGGGCUCACCAUGCGCAGGAUACGGGCCAACGCCAUCGCGAUUCUGACCGUCGCGUGGAUCCUGGGGACGUUUUAUUACCUGUGGCAGGACAACAAGCCGCAGACGUCGUCGUCGCCGUCGUCGUCGGCGUCGCAGACCCGCGGCAGGGGGGGCCAUGGGGGGCAGAAGGUGGUCCCCGGUCGGCUGGAGAUCCACCGGGACGACCGGACCAUCCCGCUGAUAGUGACCCAGCCCCCGCGGGUCGAGCAGCAGGGACAGCUGCUGGGCGGCUUCGACGAGAAGGCCUACCUGGCGGCGAAGCAGCUGAAGCCGGGAGACGACCCCUACAGAGAGCACGCCUUCAACCUGCAGGAGAGCGACCGGCUGGGCAGCGAGCGAGCCAUCAGGGACACCCGACACUACAGGUGUGCCUCUCUGAACUAUGACACAGACCUUCCCUCCACCAGCAUCAUCAUCACCUUCCACAACGAGGCUCGCUCCACUCUGCUUCGCACCAUCAAAAGUGUCCUGAUGCGAAGUCCUCCAUCGCUGAUCCAGGAAAUAAUCUUGAUCGAUGACUUCAGCUCCGACUCUGAGGACUGCCAGCUGCUCUCUCAGAUCCCCAAAGUGCGCUGCCUGAGGAACGGCAGGAGAGAGGGUCUGAUCCGAUCGCGUGUCCGUGGAGCCAGCACGGCCUCGGCCUCCAUCUUGACCUUCUUGGACAGCCACUGCGAGGUCAACGCUGAUUGGCUGCAGCCGAUGAUCCAGAGAGUCAAGGAGGACCAUACGCGAGUGGUCAGCCCCAUCAUUGAUGUCAUCAGCCUGGAUAACUUCGCCUAUUUGGCCGCCUCUGCAGACUUGAGAGGAGGAUUUGACUGGAGUCUCCAUUUCAAAUGGGAGCAGAUUCCCAUCGAGCAGAAAAUGGCGAGGAGCGACCCCACACAGGCAAUCAGGACUCCUGUCAUCGCUGGUGGGAUCUUCGUCAUGGACAAGAGCUGGUUCAACCACCUGGGCCAGUACGACACCCACAUGGACAUCUGGGGAGGGGAGAACUUUGAGCUUUCUUUCCGGGUGUGGAUGUGCGGAGGAAGCCUGGAGAUUCUUCCCUGCAGCCGCGUGGGUCACGUGUUCAGGAAACGGCAUCCGUACGACUUCCCAGAAGGCAAUGCUCUCACCUACAUUAAGAACACCCGGCGGGCUGCCGAGGUGUGGAUGGACGAGUAUAAACAGUACUACUACUCAGCGAGGCCGUCGGCCCAGGGCAAGGCCUUUGGCAGCAUCGCAGACCGCCUGACUCUGCGGCGGAAGUUGAACUGCAAACCUUUCCGCUGGUACAUGGAGAACGUCUAUCCGGAGCUGAGGGUCCCGGAGCAGGAAGCGGUGUCCAGUGUGCUGAGACAAGGCGGUUUGUGUCUGGAGACCCGUGGGACCGAUACCCUCGGCCUGGCAGAGUGCAGGGGCAUCGGAGCCAUUAGGCCGCAGUCGCAGAGAUGGGAACUAAUAGAGCCCCUGAUCCGGCAGCAGGACUUCUGCCUGGCCAUUUCAGCCUUCACAGCGGGGUCAAAGGUCAAGAUGGAGUCCUGCAAUGCGAAAGAGCCCAGACAGAAGUGGAAGCCUAAAGGCCCGGCUCUGCAGCACAUGGUCAGUGGCCUCUGUCUGGACAGCCAGACCCCGAUGGGCCCUCUGGUCAUCACGCAGUGUCGCCCCCAGAUGGCCAGCCAGUCCUGGGAGCCACAAAUAAUCACCUGAGCCACGGCGGUCAGAAGGAGGGGGGGGGGGGGGUGAGCAGAUUGAGGGACCUGUGUGUGUGUGUGGGGGGGGGGGGGUCACAUCUGCCCUCCGUGUGUCGCCUCGCUGAGGGAUGAACUGAGUGUGGUGACUGUACACUUCUCCCGCUCUCCGGGGUCGAGAGCGUCCGCUGAAAACAUUCGAAGGCCUCGCCGAGCAACGCCCCGGAGGUCUGUGUGUGUACAGUGCUCCAUCUUUCGAGGGCGCCGCAGUUUAUUCUACUUAAUCUUAAGCUUUUCAUGAAAAACUGUUGCACAUCUCACUUUUUUUUUCUUUCAUUUCUGUAUCUAUCCUGGUCGGCCGUUUAUAUAUGCUUAUAUUUGGAGUAGCGAGGAUUGCCUCAGCGCGUGCAUACUUCAGUCAGUCUGAGAGCUUUUUAUUUUUAUUUGUAUUUUUGAGCGCACCAUGCAAAGCACUGUCAGGUACAUUAUUUAUUGUUUUGCAUGGUCAGACCCAAAGAAUGUUUUUUUCUUUUUCUGUCUCUCUACAAAGUUUUAUGUAAAUAUUUGAAGCAGAUAUUGGCUUCUUUUUUUGUGUCAAGUACUCUAUAUGUUGUUUAAAGAAUAAAAUGUGGUGACA